AUGGAAACGCCAUCAGCUCGGCAUGGACGGGUGGAGCACAUCCGAGUCUCCGGACCUCAUUACGCCCUCAGUGAGGAGUUGGUUGUGAUUAAUGCUGAAGAACUGAACUUCUACCAAGGUGUCCCGAAACAGGCUGACUUAAAUCGGACCUGCCAUCCCAUGCCAGAGCUGGAGGAAGAGGAGGCCGACACAUCUGUGGAGAGGGGGCCUAAGAGACGAGGCCGCUACCAUAAAAGCCUGCAGCUUUUAAAGCCCUUCAGGAUCACACACAAGCAUCAGCACCCCGUCGAUAACGCUGGCCUCUUCUCGUUUAUGACGCUGCACUGGCUCACUCCAAUGGCACUGAAGGCCUACAGGACAUCCAGCCUGUCUAUAGAUGACGUGUGGGGACUGUCUUGCCACGAGGCGUCCACAGUUAACUGUCAAAGGCUCAAAUUUCUGUGGCACGACGAGCUCAAAAGACGUGGGCGAGAGGGGGCAUCCCUCACAAGAGUCUUCUGGAGGUUCUGCCAGACCCGAAUGCUGGUGGCCAUCUUCUCCCUCCUCCUCACAAUGGUGGCGGGUUUUGUUGGGCCUGCUCUCCUCGUCCGAGCUCUGCUGGAGUACUCCCACAGCUCACAGAUCUAUGUACUGUACGGCCUGUCCCUGGUAGCCGGGAUCUUCCUCAUGGAACUGUUGCGCUCCUGGUCUCUGGCGCUCAUGUGGGCUGUCAACUACCGCACUGCUGCUCGUCUACGCGGGGCAGCUCUGACGUUUGCUUUCCAGAAAAUCCUCCGUCUGCGCAACACUAAAGACAUCAGUCCAGGCGAGUUGAUCAACAUCUGCUCCAGUGAUGGCCAGCGGAUAUAUGAAGCAGUAUCAGUGGGCUGCCUGCUGGCAGGAGGGCCCCUGGUGGGAAUACUGGGGCUGGCUUACACGGUCUUCUUCCUGGGCCCCACAGCUCUGCUGGGAUCAGCCAUUUUCAUCUUCUUCUAUCCCGCAAUGAUGCUUGCAUCGAAGCUGACGGCGUACUUCCGCAAGAAGUGCAUAGUGGUCACUGACCAGCGCGUGAGGCUGAUGAACGAGAUCUUAGGCUGCAUAAAGUUCAUCAAAAUGUAUUGUUGGGAAGAUGCCUUUGCACAGAACAUUCACAAGGUGCGAUCAGAGGAGAGGAGCAUACUGGAGAGAGCUGGAGUCAUCCAGAGUCUCACAGUGGGUGUGGCUCCCAUUGUCGUGGUGAUAGCAAGCGUGUGCACCUUCACCUUACACAUGGCCCUGGGCUACGACCUGACUGCAGCUCAGGCUUUUACUGUGGUUGCUGUUUUCAACUCCAUGACUUUUGCCCUGAAAGUCACACCGCUGGCUGUGAGAUCACUAUCAGAGGGUGCUGUUGCAGUUAAAAGGUUUCAGAGGCUGUUCAUGAUGGAUGAACGAGAGACUGUUUUAGUCAAAAUGGAGGAUCCUGAGAAUGCAGUAGAAUUUCAAGAGGCCACACUAGCCUGGGAGAAGGCCCGUUCACCAGCUCCGAAGCCAAAACCUCAGCAUAAGCGCGGCGGGAUGAAGAGUGUGCUACGCAGGGAGAAGCUUAGCCUGUACAUUUCCACAGACGACAGCAAGGAAAACAAAGACAGCCCCAAUGAACAAAGUCUUAUAACUAAUAUGGAACAGGAGAGUCCGCAAAGCACCAUCUCCUCCACCCAAAGCAUACGACCCCCGCUGCACAAGACCCUGCACCGCAUUGAUCUACGAAUCAAGAUUGGCUCUCUGGUUGGAAUCUGUGGAGGUGUCGGGAGUGGAAAGAGCUCUCUUCUGUCUGCUCUCCUUGGACAGAUGACGCUUUUAGAGGGUAAAGUGGCUGCCAGUGGAGGCUUUGCUUAUGUGUCCCAACAAGCCUGGAUUCUCAAUGACUCACUCAAGGAGAACAUCCUGUUUGGCAAUGAAUAUGACUCAGACAAAUACAACACUGUGCUGGAAGCAUCCUGCCUCCUCCAUGAUCUUGCUGAGCUUCCUUAUGGAGACAUGACAGAGAUCGGUGAGAGGGGUGCCAACCUGAGUGGAGGGCAACGCCAGAGAGUGAGCCUGGCACGUGCCCUCUACAGCGAUCGACCCAUACUUCUCCUCGAUGACCCUCUCAGCGCUGUUGACGCUUGUGUGGGUUCACAUAUCUUCAAUAAAGCCAUUCGGGGGGCCGCUAGAGGCAAGACGGUGCUUUUUGUAACACACCAGCUGCAGUACCUGCCCGAUUGUGACGAUGUCAUUCUGAUGAAGGAUGGCCAGAUUGCUGAGCACGGCACGCAUGCACAGCUAAUGGGCAAAGAACGUGACUAUGCCUCCCUAUUCAACAGCAUGCAACAGGAGAAUCUGGUUAAGGAGAAAUGUAUAAACAGCCAGCAAAGGGAAGGAACAAAAAAGACUGAAGGCACUGUUGAUGUUGCCAAAUUAACGCCAAAGGUGGAAAGCAAAAGCAGAGAACAACUGAUGAAAGCGGAAGAGAAAGGCUCUGGCGCAGUCUCCUGGUCUGUGUAUGGAGCCUACAUCAAAGCAGCGGGGGGUCCAGUAGUUUUUAUCAUCAACGCCUUCUUAUUCCUCUCUACAACAGGCAGCAUAGCCUUUAGUAACUGGUGGCUGAGUCACUGGAUCAGGCAGGGCAGCGGGAACACAUCAUUAAUCCUGGUGAAUGAAACAGUGGAGGGCAACAGCAUGAGCCUCAACCCUCAUAUUCAGUACUACUCGACUGUUUAUGUCAUCUCCAUGGGAGCUGCUUUACUGCUGAAGACAGUGAGAGGCCUUGUGUUUGUGAAGUGCACAGUUAAGGCUGCGUCGGCGCUCCACGACAAGCUGUUCCGCCGGCUCCUCCUCAGCCCCAUGCACUUUUUUGAUACAACACCUCUGGGUCGAAUCUUGACCCGCUUCUCCAGGGACAUGGAUGAGGUGGAUGUGCGUCUCUCUAUGCAAGCUGAAAUGCUGCUCCAGAACCUGACACUUGUGCUGUUUUGCUUGGGGAUGGUGGGCAUUGUCUUCCCCUGGUUCUUGAUCUCAAUCCUGCCCCUGGGUGCCUUCCUCUGCAUUGUCAACCGUAUCUCCAGGGUUCUCAUUCGCGAGCUGAAGCGCUUGGAGAACAUCAGCCAAUCACCCUUCACCUCCCACCUAACUAGCAGCCUGCAGGGGCUCUCUACCAUCCACGCCUAUGGAAGAGGACACAGCUUUCUCCAAAGAUAUCAGGAACUGCUGGACACCAACCAGGCCACCAACUACCUCUUUAGUUGUGCAAUGCGCUGGCUGGCUGUCCGCCUGGACCUCAUCAGCAUCUCUCUUAUCACUGCUGUAGCACUUCUCAUUGUCUUCAUGCACAAUCAGAUAGCACCAGCCUAUGCAGGCCUGGCCAUAUCGUAUGCAGUGCAGUUGACUGGCCUGUUUCAGUUCACGGUUCGUCUGCUCACAGAGACUGAAGCCCGGUUUACAUCGGUUGAAAGGAUCGAUCAUUAUAUUAAGAGUAUUGAAAGUGAAGCUCCCAGACGUUGUGAGGCAGCCACUCCUGCCCCCUCCUGGCCCCAGCAGGGAAAGAUCACCUUCCAGGAUGUGAGCAUGUGUUAUCGACAUGAUCUGCCACAAGUGCUUAAGAGCCUGUCCUUCACCAUUCUGCCUGAAGAGACCAUCGGCAUUGUGGGCCGCACAGGAUCAGGAAAGUCUUCUCUGGGUGUAGCCUUGUUCAGGCUUGUGGAGCUGAGCAGAGGCUCCAUCAUCAUUGACGGAAUCAAUAUUGCACAGAUUGGCCUGGAUGACCUGCGGAGCAAGCUAGCCAUCAUUCCUCAAGAGCCAGUGCUCUUCAUCGGUACAGUCAGGAGCAACUUAGACCCAUGGGAUCAAUAUUCUGAUUUGCAGAUUUGGGAAGCACUUGAAAAAACGCACAUUAAAGAAAUGGUCAGCCAGCUGCCACAUUCACUCCACUCAGAAGUGACGGAGAACGGAGAGAACUUCUCCGUGGGGGAGCGGCAGCUUCUCUGUGUGGCCAGAGCUCUGCUGAGGAAUAGCAAGAUACUCAUUUUGGACGAGGCCACAGCAGCUAUUGACACAGAAACAGACCGUCUGAUCCAGGAGACGGUUCGCUGUGCGUUUGGCAGCUGCACCACUCUCAUCAUCGCACACCGCCUCAACACUGUGAUGAGCUGCAGCCGGGUCAUGGUGCUGGACAACGGCCAGAUUGUGGAGUUUGACUCCCCCACAGCUUUGCUGGGAGAUAAAAAUUCAAGAUUCAGAGCCAUGGUAGAAGCAACGGAAGACCAAAGCAGACACUCCGGAGAUCAGAGCGGCGAUCCCACGAAAUAUGCAGCGUAAUGUGUGCACAGCCUAAAACACACGCGUGCACACUCGCACACACAGUGGCAAUUAUUCCAAUCGUACCAUGAUGGGAAAGUGGUGCAUAAAAUAUACAGCGAUGGCUGCUCUGUGUGUCUGUUUUCUGCAACAUCAAAGACUCCGAGACAACAUUUAUGCCGCAAAACAUGUGAAAUCUCAGUGAGCAAAAAAUAAGAAACAACAGACUUUUGUUGUAUGCUGCAGUGUCACAGGAUUCAUUUCCUGAGGGCCAAAUAUUUACCUGAUUCAGGGUUCAGACUCUGACAAAAGCACUUUAUGUUUCAUGGCAGUGCUUCCUUUGAAGGUCAGUUAAUCAGUGAUACUUUUAGUUUUUUUUUCUUUCAUGCUGUUGAAUCCUCACUAUGACAAACUGACAAUCAGAGGAUGGCGUCAGAGUUAUAGCGUUGUUGAAAUUUUUAACUGCAAUAAUUUCUGUUUAUUAUUUAAUACAAGGUACCUAAAAAAAAAAAGGUAUCAGCUGUUAUCCAUUCCCGUGAAACACUGUGUAAAAUACACUGAUAUAAUCUGUUUUGUUUCAGCGUUGCUUCAAUCUGAUGCAACAGUUUUGGUCAAUUAUGGCAGAGGGGACAUGUGCCUAGAGUUCUCAGCCCCUCUGGGUUUUAUCAUGGAUUUAGCCAUUAAAGCAUGCUUUUUUUUAGGCUGCAUGCGAGUACAGUACUGUGUUCUGAAGGGAGCGAAUGUUUCCAAAUGCUGGAGAUUUAAAUCUGCAUGUUUUACAAUGCUUUUAAUGUUUUACCUGCAAGGUAAUUCUGAUGUGGAUAAGUUGCAGUUUAGAGGUACAGUGUAUUAUCUGCAACAUGAUGAAGAUCAGCAUCAGGAUUUGUCUUUAAAUGUUUAUGUUUAAAAACAACUGUAGACUUCUGCCUUAUAGUCAAAUGUACUGAACAAUCAUGAAAAGUGCAAUAUCGUCCUAUUGCUUUGAUACAUUUUCAAGAUUGCCUUUGUACACUUUAGAUGGCAAUGUUGCAAUAUUUUUGUGAAUAAUUGAUUUUUAAUAUGAUGGUGUUUUUAAAAUAAAGUAUUUUUGUAAAAGAGUG